AUGGAGAAAACAAAUCGCCAUGGAAGAAGUUCACAAGCUGGGAAUAUACUACUAUGUUGCAGGUUAAAGAAACUACCGAAUUGGCGGCGGCGCGGAGAGGUUGUGGCAGUUUCGGUUCCUGAAUCACAUCGAAUUGCAGGUUUAGCGUUUAAUGUUUGUUUCUGGUUAUUGAUUAUUGCAUUAUAUUUGCAUAUGGCAGAAACCACCGUUCCUGAUUUCCCUGGACGGAUUUCUUGGAAAAGCGCCCUCUGCCUUAAGAAGAUUGUUAUGAAGUUUGAGGAAAUGGAUCUUGUGGAGAAGGUGUACAAUACCCAAUUCAGAUAUAUAGUCUCUGCGCCAGUGUUGCAGUUCUCAGGAACUAUUGAGGAUUAUGAUGAUGAAGAGGAGGGAAGUGAACCUGAGGAUGAACAUGAAGAACCUACUUCCAAACCAAACACCCGGAAGAGAAAGGCUGCGCUUAAUCUCAAAGAAGCCGUAAACCUGAAGAGGAAGCUUGCUUAUGAAUCUAGUCCUGCCCACAUUCCUAGCCCCCCAUCCGCUACUAGUCCUGGAUUACCUUCAACAUCUUCUGUUGGAUGUAAAUGUGAAGAGCUGAAAGAGGAGGUAAAAGCGCUGAAGGAGGAGCUCAUCAAAGAGGUGAAGGAGGAGCUCAAAGAGAUGAAAACAGCUUACGAAGAAACUCAAACAAAUCACAAGGCUUAUAUGAAAAAGUUGGUUGUUAGUAUGUGCGAACAGUUAUUAGCCAAAUCCAACCAAAGGAUGGCCACUUUAAUUGUCAAAUUAGAUAGUAUGGAGGAGGAGAGGAAGAAGAAGAAGAAGAGCAAAUUGGAAAAGAAGGGCAAGACUGAGGUGGAUGGUGGGGAGAUUGAGAAUGAUGUAAAGGUGGGUGUUGGGGAGAUUCAGACUGAUGUGAAGAAUUGGUUGAAAGAUGAAGCUACCAAUGAUGAGACAAAAACUAUGUUUACUUGCGAAGCACGAAAGAAGUUGUUUGUUAGAGUUCUAACAAAGUCCACAUGGCUUAAAGAUCCUGAAAUCGACGCAGUCUGCCACUUGUUGCGCAAAAGGAUUGAGCAAUAUCCCAAGACAUAUAAACAUUGCAAAGUAUCAAUAGGGGAUUGCUUAUUAGCAGAUAUGAUGAGGCGAGAGUACCCGAACUAUAAAAAAGAUCCUGAAAAAUUUCCAAUAGCAGACGUAUUUUCUCAGUACUUCUGGGGAGCGCCUCAUAGACAUAUGCCAGAAUGGCCAGUAGUAGACGAUAUUUACGUGCCUUUGAACAUUGGCAACAAGCAUUGGGUACUGUGCGUCGUUCGUGUACAAGAUAAUCACAUUGACGUUUAUGACUGCGACUCGAGUAUUUAUAGGAAUCUCGAUCCAUACAUGAGACCUUUGUGUGAGAUGUUUCCACGAAUAUAUGCAAUGGGAGCCAGUGAUGCUGAGCUAAAACGGUAUCCUAAUUUCAAUUUCCAGAAACUGACAUAUAAAAGGUUGCCACACCCAGCCAAAAAUGCAGUCGCCAAAUAUGGGGAAGUCCCUAGAGCAGAAGAAAGUGGGGAUUGUGGUGUAUUUAUGCUUAUGCACAUGGAAUACUUGACUGUUGGUUUAGGUGUAGAGAAGAACUUGACUUGUGCUUAUGUAUUCUGA